AUGACCACCCCUAGUCUCAAAGCUUUCAAAAUGCCCGCCCUUGCUCAAUUCUCCAAAGAAAAAGGCACCACAUCAGAACAGCCCGAGAAAAAUGAGAACGACAAUUUUUCUCCCAAGAACGAUGAGUUCUACGUGGGCCAUUCCUCGGAGAGAAUUGGAGGGUUGCGCCGUCGGCUUGGAAAUCGCCAUAUCCAGCUUGUUGCCAUUGGCGGCUCUAUUGGCACCGGCCUAUUCAUUGCCAUUGGUACCGGGCUCCACAAAGGGGGACCAGCUAGUCUAUUGAUUGCCUUCGCUAUUCAAGCCGUCAUGGUAGGCAUGCUCAACAACUGCCUGGCUGAGAUGACUACGUACAUGCCAGUGAGCGGUGGCUUUAUCAGACUGGCUGGUCAGUGGGUGGAUGAAGCUUGGGGCUUUAUGACUGGGUGGAACUUCUUCAUCUACAUGGCCCUCACUGUACCUUUCGAGAUCUGCGCCGUCAACCUUCUCCUGGAAUUUUGGCAAAACGACAUUCCCGUUAUCGCUGUGAUCCUGGCAUGCAUGGUGGUCUACUCACUCAUCAAUUUGCUUGCCGUUGGUACAUAUGGCGAAGCUGAGUUUUGGCUCAGUGGAGGAAAGGUCAUCUUGAUUUUGAUCUUGUUUGUCUUCACAUUCAUUACAAUGGUUGGUGGCAAUCCAAGUGGUGACGCAUAUGGAUUCAGGCAUUGGAGAACCCCGGGUCCUUUUGCUGAAUUUUCCACCGAAGGAGCUCUCGGUCGCUUUGAAGGGUUCCUGGGUGCUUUAUGGAUUGCAGUUUUCACGGUGGUUGGCCCCGAAUACAUAUCCAUGGUUGCUGCGGAGGCAAAGCACCCUCGCAUUUACAUCAAGAACGCCUUCAAAACCGUCUACUGGCGAUUUGGUGUGUUCUUCGUCGGCGGUGCACUCUGUGUCGGUGUGAUUGUCGCUCACAACGAUAUCACCCUUGCGAACGCGAUCGCGAAUGGGCAGUCUUCUGCUGCAUCAUCUCCAUAUGUGAUUGCUAUGCAGAAUCUUGGAAUCGAUGUUCUGCCUCACAUCGUCACUGCUCUUAUGAUUACUUCUGUCUUCUCUGCUGGAAACACCUACACUUAUGCCGCUACUCGUGCAUUGCAUGGCCUGGCAGUUGGGGGUCAUGCUCCAAAGAUAUUCGCUAAGACCACCCGCAAGGGCGUGCCUAUCUAUAGCUUUAUCGUUGUGAUGGCCUUCGCAUGUUUGUCGUUCCUCCAACUGUCCGGCAGCUCGAUGAAAGUACUCGAAUGGUUGAUUAGCUUGACGACUGCUAAUAUCCUCAUCGACUAUAUCGUCAUCACCACUACAUACCUCAAGUUCUAUCAUGCAUGCAAGGCCCAGGGCUUCGAUCGUUCGAGGCUGCCAUAUGUGGGGUGGUUCCAGCCUUAUUGUGGCUAUAUUUCACUCGCCUGGAUGGUGGUCAUGGCUGGCUGCUUUGGGUACGAAAGCUUUGCGCCUUGGAGCACUUCAACCUUUUUCCUCAAUUAUACCAUGAUAAUCCUAGCACCGAUUGUGUUCACUGCUUGGAAGGUACUCAAGGGGACCAAGUGGUUGCAACCCAAUGAGUUGGAUUUAACAUGGGAGGCAGAGUUGGUUGCAGCAUACGAAGAAGCCGAGGAAGAGCAACCGGUUGGGUUCUGGAGAGAAAUGGGACGGAUGGUUGAUCUUCGAGGACUUCAUCGGCGCAGCAUAGAGUCCUGA